CCGAAUUUUUCUUAGCUUAGUCUUUUUUAUUACAAUAGCAAAGAUUGUAAAGACUACAAAGUAUUAGUUCUAAGCGUUUAAAAAACAUUAGAUAUGUGACAUAUCAUAUGUCUUAUAAACGCGAUUAGCUUUGGGCCACGGGACCAUCCACGAAGCAGAGAUGUUGAGAAAUGCCUCCGCGCAGAUACUUAAACAGUUCGUCAGACACAGAUCUACAGAUACAAGUCUGAUAUUGGAGAGAUCUAUUAACAGGGUCCAGCUGCUAGGGCGGGUGGGGCAAGACCCUGUUAUGAGACAGGUGGAGGGCAGAAACCCUGUCACCAUCUUUUCUAUGGCUACAAAUGAGAUGUGGCGUUCAGGAGAGGGUGAAACUACAAGUGCAGUUUUUUGUGUUUGGAUUUUGCAGAUGUCAGCCAGAAAACAACAUGGCACAGAAUUUCUGUAUUCAAACCUGGCCUCAGAGAUGUGGCGUAUCAGUACGUCAAAAAAGGGUCCCGAAUUCUUGUCGAAGGAAAGCUUGACUAUGGUGAGUAUGUGGAUAAAAACAAUGUCAGGCGACAGGCAACCACUAUUGUCGCAGGUCAGUCUUCAGUUCUUCUUUACCACUGACUCUUAUGUCAGCAGGUUUUAAUUGCUCACUAUUCUUUUAUAUUUUGUAUAACUAGUCGAGAUGUACUAUAUUUUUUUCUCUUUCCACAGAUAACAUUGUCUUUUUAAGUGAAAAUGUACGAGACCAGUUGUGAAGAAGCUUUCUCAGACUUUUCACAGGAACCAAAAGAAGAUGGAAGAUAUUUUGGAUAGUUACUCUGCUUAAAACACGAGUAACCUUGUGCCUGCCCUUAACAGUUGUACAAUAACAAAAGAAAUGUUGAUUGUAUGAUUGUGACAUGACAGAGGGCCCCAGUGCAAUGCACUUUGUCAUGUAAACUCCAGCCCCAUAAACUGUAUUGGACUCUUUGUAACAAAAUGCUAAAUUUUCUCUUCUAAAACAUAAAAUUGUUGUACACCAUUAUGUGGAAUUCUGUUGAACCGAAUCUUUUUCUUUUUUUUUUGUUGUUGUCAUGUUUGUCUUUUCGUACUUAAAGGGUUACUAAUUCUUACGCUCA